AUGACCGCUUCACACCACGUUCUUCUUAUCGGCGGCCACGGCAAGGUUGCCCAACUGCUCACCCCGCUUCUGCUGAAGCGAUCAUGGACCGUGACCAGCAUGAUUCGCGCCCGAGAGCAAGCUCCUACCAUCCAGAAGCUUGGUAAUGGCUUGCCCGGGAAGCUCAAUGUGUUGAUUAGCAGCGUCGCCGAGGUUUCUUCCAAGGAUCACGCUGCAAGCAUCUUGGCGGAUGUCAAGCCUGACUACAUCGCUUGGAGUGCCGGGGCUGGAGGCAAGGGUGGUCCUGAAGCUACUUUUCGAAUCGACCGGGAUGCCGCCAUCCACUUUAUUCGCGCCGCGGCCGACUUGCCCUCCAUCACUCGUUUCCUCCUCGUCUCGUACACUGGUUCCCGGCGUGCUAGCGCUUCUUGGUGGCCAGCAGGCGAAUGGGACGAGUACGACGCAAAAGUCAACCACGGCAUUCUCGCAACCUACUACCAGGCCAAGCUGGCAGCUGACGAGGCUCUCUACGAGACGUGCCAAAAGAGCCCUACGCUGGUAGGAAUCUGCCUUCGCCCCGCUACCCUGACCGAGGAAACUGCCGGCAAGGUUGAGUUGGGCAAGACUGCCCACGUCAAGGGUAGUGUGAGCCGUGCCACCGUGGCGGCGACGGCCGAUGCGCUGCUGGCUUCUAGCGGCAUCAAGAACUCUUGGCUGGAUCUGCAAGACGGAGACGAGGAUCUGCAUGUCGCAGUGAAGCGGGUAAUCAAAGAUGGGGUGGAUGCUGCCGAAGGAGAGACCAUCUUUGGCCGUACGACCUAG